GCAACAACCUUGUAUCGAGUGUGUGAAACGAAGAAAAGAAGAAGAAAAGAGAAAGAGAAAAAUUGUGUGUACGAAGAGUCUCCGCUGAAAGUUUUGGUUUCUUGAAGAUGUCGUCACUCUCUGAUCUUAUCAACCUUAAUCUCUCCGACAUCACGGAGAAGGUGAUCGCCGAGUACAUAUGGGUUGGUGGAUCCGGCAUGGACAUGAGAAGCAAAGCAAGGACUCUCUCAGGACCAGUUAGAGACCCUUCAAAGCUUCCCAAGUGGAACUAUGAUGGUUCCAGCACUGGUCAAGCUCCUGGACAAGAUAGUGAAGUGAUCUUAUAUCCACAGGCAAUUUUCAGGGAUCCAUUCAGGAGGGGUAGCAAUAUCCUGGUUAUGUGUGAUGCUUACACUCCUGCUGGGGAACCCAUUCCUACCAACAAGAGAAACAAUGCUGCAAAGAUAUUCAGCCAUCCUGAUGUUGUUGCUGAAGAACCCUGGUUUGGCCUUGAGCAGGAAUACACCUUGUUGCAGAAAGAUGUCCAAUGGCCUCUUGGAUGGCCUCUUGGUGGUUUUCCUGGGCCCCAGGGACCAUACUAUUGUGGUACUGGUGCUAACAAGGCUUUCGGGCGUGAUAUUGUUGACUCACAUUACAAAGCCUGUCUUUAUGCAGGCAUUAACAUCAGUGGAAUUAAUGGAGAAGUGAUGCCCGGACAGUGGGAAUUCCAAGUUGGUCCAUCGGUUGGCAUCUCUGCUGGUGACGAAUUGUGGGUAGCUCGUUACAUUUUGGAGAGGAUCACUGAGAUUGCUGGAGUGGUGCUUUCUUUUGACCCAAAACCAAUUCAGGGUGAUUGGAAUGGUGCUGGUGCUCACACAAAUUACAGUACCAAGUCCAUGAGAAACGAUGGUGGCUAUGAAAUCAUCAAAAAAGCAAUUGGCAAAUUGGAAAAGAGACACAAGGAGCACAUUGCUGCUUAUGGAGAAGGCAAUGAACGUCGUUUGACAGGACGACACGAGACAGCUGACAUGAACACCUUCCUAUGGGGCGUUGCAAACCGUGGUGCUUCUAUAAGGGUAGGGAGGGACACUGAGAAGGCAGGGAAGGGCUAUUUUGAGGAUAGAAGGCCUGCGUCUAACAUGGACCCUUAUGUUGUCACUUCCAUGAUUGCAGAGACAACCAUUCUCUGGAAACCAUAAGCAGCCUCAGAAACACACACGUGUGUCCUUCGUUGUUUCUAUGUUGGGAUGGUCAAUUUCUUUUUCUAAGCUUUCUUUGAGAUCUUGUUCCCACUGUUGUUAGGCCUUGUUUGUUGCUGCUACUGAUUUCCAAGGGAAGAUUAACUGUUGUUUCAUUCCCUUACGAACUGUACGUUUAAAGUGUUACAAAUAAUGUAAUGGCCCUCAAUUAUUAAUAUUAUGUUGUUAUUUGAUGCUGAUA